UGGCAGUGGGGUAAGUGGAGGUUGGGUGGCUCCGACUCUCUGACGCCAGUGAGACCAGAUCAAUCCAGGCGCAGCGGAGGAGCGAGCGCUGGGCUGCUAAGCGGCGGCUCUGGAAGCGAGAGCGGAAAAGCAGCGGCGGCAGCGGGUGGGACUUUGCCCGCCUGUCCAAGCAGCUGCGACGCGCUGCCCGGCGCUUUGCAUGAUCUUUUCCUUAUUCCCUCGCCUCGCCCCUCGCGGACAGCUGUUCUGUAGGUACCUGGCUAAGACGUGGAACUCCAAAGACAUCUAUCAGACUGGAAUGUUGGGUUCAUUUUGCAAGAAUUCGGAAUUGGGAAAGAUCAUCUGAAUUUGUUCUGGACAGUUGUUGGAAGGAGAUAUAGAAAUUGUGCUCCAAUACUUUCCUUCUAACUAAUCACUAUGAAUGUGACAAGUUUGUUCUCCUUUACAAGCCCAGCUGUUAAAAGACUGCUGGGUUGGAAGCAAGGGGAUGAAGAGGAAAAAUGGGCAGAGAAAGCUGUUGAUGCCUUAGUUAAAAAACUUAAGAAGAAAAAAGGAGCAAUGGAAGAGUUGGAAAAAGCAUUAAGUUGUCCUGGUCAGCCAAGCAACUGUGUUACAAUUCCUCGUUCCUUAGAUGGCAGACUUCAGGUUUCUCAUCGCAAGGGGCUUCCCCAUGUAAUUUAUUGUCGUGUGUGGCGCUGGCCCGAUCUUCAGAGCCAUCAUGAACUUAAACCAUUGGAAUGCUGCGAGUUUCCCUUUGGUUCAAAACAGAAGGAAGUCUGCAUCAAUCCCUAUCAUUACAAACGAGUGGAAAGCCCAGUUCUUCCUCCUGUGCUUGUUCCUAGACACAGUGAAUACAACCCUCAGCACAGUCUCCUGGCUCAAUUUCGCAACUUGGGACAAAACGAGCCUCAUAUGCCACAUAAUGCUACUUUUCCAGACUCUUUCCAGCAACCCAACAGUCAUCCAUUCCCCCAUUCACCAAACAGUAGCUAUCCAAAUUCGCCUGGAAGCAGCAGUGGUACCUACCCUCAUUCACCUGCCAGCUCUGACCCAGGAAGCCCUUUUCAGAUGCCAGCUGAUACUCCCCCUCCUGCUUAUCUACCUCCAGAAGAUCAGAUGACCCAGGAUGGUUCACAACCAAUGGAUACCAAUAUGAUGGCACCUUCAAUUCCUUCAGAAAUAAACAGAGGAGAUGUUCAGGCAGUUGCUUAUGAAGAGCCAAAACACUGGUGCUCUAUUGUCUAUUACGAACUCAAUAAUCGUGUUGGAGAGGCAUUUCAUGCCUCUUCCACAAGUUUGUUGGUGGAUGGCUUCACUGAUCCCUCAAAUAACAAGAACAGGUUUUGCCUGGGGCUCUUGUCAAAUGUUAACCGGAAUUCUACUAUUGAGAAUACUAGGCGGCAUAUUGGCAAAGGAGUUCAUUUGUAUUAUGUUGGCGGAGAAGUCUAUGCAGAGUGCCUUAGUGACAGUAGUAUAUUUGUGCAAAGUCGAAAUUGCAAUUACCAUCAUGGCUUUCAUCCAACUACCGUCUGCAAAAUUCCGAGUGGCUGCAGCUUAAAAAUUUUCAACAAUCAAGAAUUCGCUCAACUUUUAGCUCAGUCAGUGAACCAUGGUUUUGAAACUGUGUAUGAACUCACUAAGAUGUGCACUAUUCGUAUGAGUUUUGUAAAGGGUUGGGGAGCUGAAUAUCACCGGCAAGAUGUCACAAGCACACCAUGUUGGAUUGAAAUUCAUUUGCAUGGUCCUCUUCAAUGGCUGGAUAAAGUUCUUACACAGAUGGGCUCUCCUCAUAACCCAAUCUCUUCUGUUUCUUAAAAUAAUUCUGAAUUUCAGAAUCUAGUGAGCCUUGCAUGUACUUGAAGGAUGUAUGAGUCAGACACAUGUGCAAAACUGGCAGCAGCCUUUAUUAUACUUGAUAUCUGUGACCAAUUGUUAGAUCAGGAAGAAAGGUCCUAUUAAAUUACUAAGUUAUUUUAAAAAAUUCAGUUUUCACAAUAGUAAUCUCUUUCCAAUCUUUAGGCGGGGGAUUGUAAAAGCUAGGGAUGGCCAACUUAAUGUCAAUUGAAUACUGUUCUCAAGCAGUUUUAUUUAACUCACUAAGCUGUUUCACCUGGACUAUCGUCAAUUCAUCCCCUCUUUUGCCGAGAUUGCCCUACCCCUCACAGAACUACCGUCCAACUAUGGACAGCUCCAGAGUUUUCUGGGUUUUGCCAGCUUUUAUCGUC